AUGCCCAGCGCUGCAUCACCCGCGUAUGAAGCCAAUUCUGCCGAGGCCGAUGCCAAGGCAACACACUGCUCCCGAGGCCUCAGCGUUGACGACUUCCCACACUCGAUAGGUUCAUCUGCCCUUGACACCGCAUCGAGAAUUCUUGGUGUAAUCGACCGCUAUCGUUUGGAAAAGCCGAAGAAUGGGCCGCCACUUCAAGCGGAUCAAGGCGCCUUGAAGUUUUUGGCCAUCAUUUACAGCCAUGUCAAGGCCGGCAGGGUUAUCCCAAUGUGCCUUCCGGCAUUUCCUUUCAAGUCUCCGAAUACAUCAGCAAAGGUUCUCGGAAAGAAUCCCGACAAGGCCGAAGAGCUAGCUCUGAGCCACCUGAACGGACUAUGCCAAGCCAUUGCAGACAUAUACCCCCCUGGGGCGAAACUCACCCUCAUCUCGGACGGGCUGGUGUACAAUGACUUGCUUGGUGUCCCUGACAAGGAUGUCUGGUCAUAUGGUGAGAACCUUCGUCUCCUGGCCAAGUCCAAGGGCUUCACCCAAAUUGAGUUUUGUCGACUGCGACAUCUUGUGUCCAUAUAUCUGCCAGAGGAGUUGGAUGAGAUGACUUAUGUUGCAAACGCGUCGAAUUUCCGCAGAGAACUCCUCAAUGCUUUCGGCAAUCCGAAUUGGAAAUGGAAGGAGGUCAGGCAACUCGAAGACGUGAGUCUCACCUACAGAGGCUACAUUAAGUUUCUAGAGACGGAUUUGGCGACCGUCUACCCGCUUCGGAGCGACAGAACGAAAUCCAAGUAUAAGCGCGGAAUCGAAUACAUUGCAAGACAAAUGAUGUACCGCGGGGAUGCGUUUGCCAGCGCUGUUCGACAAAAGUACAAGAACCACGUACGUCUGUCGAUUCAUCGUUCUACCGGGGCCAACAAACUGUCCAUCAGUCUGCUUCCCACUACCACCAUCUUCACAACACCAUGGCACAGCACCGUCGGCUACAAGCUUGAUGGCACAGUAGUUUCUGGUAUGCGAUCCGAUUUCUACGACGACGAAACAUAUGAGCUGGUUCUGGAGAAAGGCAUUCCUAGCUAUUAUCGUGAGGAGUCGCAUCUCUUUUCUUGGGGCGCUGAGAAGGGUGGCGUCACUUUCGAGCCGAUAUAUCCAAGUGGCUGGCUGCUGAAGCCGGCUGCAGGCCCGGGAUCCAUGACAAUCGAAGAUAUUGACGCGGCCAAGGUUCGAUCGUUGUCUGAGAUCAACUCUCCCGUCGUCAUGCGUGGCUUUUUCAAAAGCCCCAAGCAAGCCGCUUUCGUCAAGAAGUCCAACGAGUUUGGUGAGCCCAAAUGUGGGCUUGUGCUUGAGGCCAAAGACCAAGUCCCGCACACUCGCGGCUUGAACAAUGGCCUUUCAGCGGAGUGGAUGCCAUUUCACUACGAUGGACUUUCCAAGACGCUGUCGCACGUCCAUGAUCCGCGUAAAGAAAGUCGAGUCUCUGCUCCUCCACGGUAUCUGCCGAAGUGGCUGACAGUAGAGGAGCUUGCGACCAAGACGUGGACGGUCUCGACGUCCUCAAUCGACACAACCAAGCUAAGCGGGCUUCCGUUGGUCUCUAAGCAUCCCACGACGGGCAAACCAUGCCUACGAUAUCACGAGGCUUGGUCGCAAUCCAAGACGCAGUUUGACGCUACCCUGGUCACCCUCGACGGCCACGGUGAAACUAGCAAUCGGGCCAUUCGUGAAGCCAUCAGCACUACUCUUAACGACAGGCGAGUUGCGUACUGGCACACCUGGGAGAAGGGAGACCUGAUUGUGAGCGACAACACCUUGAUGAUGCAUACGCGAAGCGACUUCAGCUCCGGGAGUGACGGUGAGCUUUGGAGAAUCCACCUUGACUAG